AGGGAGAGAUGAGACGAGCUUUGAGCCGCCCACGCUGCUGCAUUCUUAUAACAGCUUGCUCUUCCCCCCGUCCCCUCAUUCAAAGCAGUCAUAAGAGCGGUUAAUUAAUUCUUUUUAUAUCAAGCGUCUUAUUAAGAGAGAGGGGAAGUCGUGCAUAAACGAAGGCCGAUCUGCGAACCGAGCUUUGACUGGCCUACGCUGCUCUGCUGCCCCCCUCUCCCAUGACGUGACACGCCGAACACACAAGCUUUCGCUUCACCCAUGCUGCUGCAUUCUUAUCACAGCUUCGACUCGCCUUCGCUCUUAUCGCCACUGUUAUUUCCCCCCGGUUUCUCAUUAAAAGCGGUAGUUUAAAGCGGUCGUUCAAAUCGGUAUUUUAAAGCGUUCGUUAAAAUCGUAUUUCUAGUAAAAGUGCGCGUGCGCGCCUUAAUGCAACUGGCGCGAAAAGUUCCCAAAUGAUGUUUUUCCUACGAAAAUAUAAUCAAAAUCAAUUGUUUCGCAUUUUCGUGCGUCGUGUUUUUUUAAAUUUUUGUUUUUGUUUGUUGUUUAUGUGUUUGUGUGGAAAACAACAUAAUAAAGAAAUGCAACGCAAAAAAAUAGAAAAUUUGAUUCAAAUAUACAGAACUAAAAAACAGCUACAUACAUACACGUCCCAAAAGUAGACAGAAGAUAAUAUUAAACGCUACAGCACUACAUAUUGAAAAUGCAUAUAAGAACAGAAUAUUAAAUCAGCAUCGACUUUAAAACGUGUCUCGGCUGAUUGAAUUAAGAAGGAAUUUAGUCACAGACGGGCAAAGUUUUCCGUGGCCCGUGGUUUUCCCAGCCAAGGCGUCUGGGAAUGCAGACACAUAAGGACACACCAUCGUAUAUCAAGCAGCAGCAUCAGCCCCACCACAGCCACCAACAGGAGCUGGAAUAGGAACAGGAACAGGAACAGGAACAGGACCAUGUGACAACGGGUGGCACUCAUAAAGUAUGGAAAACAUAUCAAAACAUUUGCGAUUCAGCUGGUUCAGGCUUCCACUAAUAGGCUGACGACCAGCAGCAGCAGGGAUAGGAAAUUGCCAGGCUUGGAGUCCUUGGUGGAGGAGUGUACGGGCACAGGCACAGCCACAGGCACAAAAGCCAACAUGAAAGGACAUUCGAAACCGAAUGGGGCAGCUGCUGACCGCAGUGGCCGCCGCAUCGUGGACAGCGACAACAGCCAUGUCCAGGGCCCAAACCAAGACCAUGGCAGGGCCAUUCUGUUAUUUGUGCUGACAGCGCUGACACUAACGAGCUUAAUAACGCCCACAGAGCAGUUGACAGUGGCGCCAAAUGGAACCACACAGCAGCAACAGCAGCAGCAGCUGCAACUGCAACAACAAAAGCAGCAACAGCAGCAACAGCAACAGCAGCAACAUCAGCAGCAACAACUGCAACAACUAGAGCAGCAAUUGCAACUGGAGCUAGACUACAAGCACAUGAAUGGCAAUCUGGUGGCAGCAGUUGACUUCAAUGGAACACUUGCCUUUGGACGGCCGCCGCCGCCCCACCAGUACCGCAAUGGGAGCGGACUUUAUGCGGGCGCCGACUGCAGCAAAAGCAGCAACCACAGUAGCAGCAACUUCAUCCUGAAGCUCAUCGCGAUGAUCCUGUACGCAAUGGUGUGCAUCGUCGGUCUCUUUGGCAACACCCUCGUGAUCUACGUGGUGAUGCGUUUCUCCAAGAUGCAGACGGUGACCAACAUCUACAUUUUGAAUCUGGCGAUAGCCGACGAGUUCUUCCUGAUCGGCAUUCCCUUCCUUAUCUACACGAUGCAGGUGGGCAACUGGUCCUUCGGGGACUACAUGUGCAAGGCGUACAUGGUGAGCAGCUCCAUCACAUCGUUCACCUCCUCGAUCUUCCUGCUGAUCAUGUCCGCGGACCGGUAUAUAGCUGUCUGCCAUCCGAUAUCGUCGCCCCGCUACCGUACCCCGUUCGUGUCGAAGCUCGUGUCGGCCUUCGCCUGGAUGACCUCCGUGCUGCUGAUGCUGCCGGUGAUCCUGUUCGCCAGCACCGUGCCAGCGGAGAACGGACUGCUGACCUGCAACAUCGAGUGGCCCGACACCCAGAACCUGGACUCGGACUCCACAUUCAUACUGUACUCCCUGGUGCUGGGCUUCGCCACGCCGCUGACCUUCAUCCUGGUCUUCUACUGCCUGGUCAUUCGGAAGCUGCACACGGUGGGGCCCAAGCACAAGUCAAAGGAGAAGAAGCGCUCCCACAGGAAGGUCACCAAGCUGGUGCUGACCGUCAUAACCGUGUACAUCAUGUGCUGGCUGCCCCACUGGAUCUCGCAGGUGGCCCUAAUCAACUCGGUCCCGAAUCCGUGCGGUGCCUCCCGACUGGAGCUGGCAGUCUUCCUGGUCUGCGGCUGUCUCAGCUACUCGAACUCGGCGAUGAAUCCCAUUCUCUACGCCUUCCUCAGCGACAACUUCAAGAAGAGUUUCAUGAAGGCCUGCACUUGUGCGGCCCGCAAGGAUGUCAACGCCCAGCUCCAGCUGGAGAACAGCUUCUUCCCGAAGUUCGGCAAGGGCCGGCAGUCGGAGCGGCUCAUCGGUGGCGGCAACAAGGGGGCCAAAACCGGUGGCACGGCCAAGAAAAGGGCUGCUCUGGCUGCAGCGAGAAACAACAAUGCCCCGAUGGCCACCACCACAACGACCACGACAACGACCGGAACGGACACCGUGACCUCUGUGCAGCCAGCAGUUCAUUAUGUUCCUGCCGAGCUACCAGCGCCAUCCGGCAGCUGCAGCAGCAGCGGCAAUCCUGCCACUCUCCUGGUGGUCAAUGCCGAGACCAACAACUGUAAGCCGCCCGUGCUGCACACGGACUUAUAAGAGCGGGCCCAGGCCCAGGCUAUGCCGCUGGAGACGGUUGUGCUUAUAGCCAGAAGAUGAGGGCACGCCGACAUCGGAAUGGGAGUGGGAGUGCGAGUGGGAGUGGAGCUGGAGCUCGAUCGACAGCUGACAAUGCAGUCGGAGUUCCUGCUUUAGGCUAAGCGUUCGUUCUCUUGAUGGAUAUUGAUAUUUUAUAUUGAAAAAGCAAAGCGAUGCGAAAGCGAUGUUGAGACCUCGUUUGAUCGCAAACGAUUAUGCCAGAGAAUCCUAUAGGUAUAUAGAGAAUUCUUAAUGCCCAUCAAAAGGAAUCGAUGAAACAUUUAUGACAGAUUCUCAGUCAGAAAUAGUGUCAAAACUAAAGUAUUCAUCAUAAAAGUGUUUCAGAUCGGAGGAUAUAUCAAACGUAAAUCACAGUCACAGUCGCCGUCGCCGUCGCAUCAGUUUGCCAAUCAGAUAAGUUUUGCAUAAGUGUGGAUACUUUUAAUGUCGUUUUCCCAUUUAGAUACUCUGCUAGAAUAAGGUUGAAAAUCUCUACAAAUAAGCUGAGUAGUGAAGAGCGUGAAACAAAGCAUAUAGUGGAACAUAACCAGUUUCGAGUGUUAGUUCAGUAAGCCAAAGAUUUGAUCUUAGAUUUCAAGGAAAGUCUUUGAAAUACACAAGGAAUAACUCAGAAAAAAAGGCGCCAUUAAAACGCCAAAACAAACACAAAGAGAACCCAAAGAAUUCCAGAAAGGCAAAUAAUUCCAUUGGAAAUAAAACGAACAAAGUAUUCUCUGAAACAAGAAACAAGAAAUAAAAUAAUAAAUACCGAAAAAAGUCCUUUUUCAAUUCGAAUUAAAUUGUAAUGUGAUUGUAAAAUAAAACAAUAACAAAAACAAAAACGAAAAGGAAAAUGGUAAUGGUAAUGGAAAAGGGGGAAAUGUGAAGCGAACAAUGUGAAAAAUUUGCAUUACAAUUCAUGACGAUAAUCUCUAAUGAAGCCUAAUUAACCGAGUGCAUUUUAAUUAACAUUGGAACUAAAUGUUUUUUGAGCGGCUGCUGGAAUUGACUUAACGGCGCUUUCAAUAAUCGACUUAAAUGAAUAUUAAAUGAAUACAUAAAUAAAAACAAUAGCUACAAUAAAUAUGGAAUCAGUCGAAUAGCCUCUCAAUAGAUUCCCCAAAAAAUGUUUGUCUUUCUUGAAUGUUUUCAAAAAACGUAAAAUAAAAUAAACCUAUGCCAGAAUUUAUCAUUGACUUGGAUAUUGUACCCAUAGCUGAAAUAAUCUUUGGGCAUUGUUGGGAGAAUGUUUCCCCCCUCCCCCAAUGUACACGAGUAUUUGUACUUUUGAAAAUACAAAAAAAAAAUACCUAGGCUAAUCAGUGUUUACUAUAAAUUAUGAUACAUACAUACCUACCUUUAUUAAAUGUCCACAAAAAAGCUACAGGUAAAAAAAUGUAAAAAAAAGAUACAUCUACUUAUAUGUAUGGUAAAUUUUUUCAAUUUUAAGUGUAACUUAAUUGAAGUCAAACAAAUGUUGUUAAAAAUACAUUAGGUGGACUUUGAGUGCUUCAAAAAAUGAUCAAAUAAA